AUGAACCGUAUAAAUCCACGGUCUCCUGGAGGAUCAAGUGCUCUUAAAAGAAAAAGCACUGAUCCUGAGUAUUACAUUGUCAUGAAAAAUCGGAGACUUGACAAUGUAAUAAACAGUGUCGAAAAUAACCAGUUGGGACCAGAAGUACAUCCUGAGAGACCUAAUGGGCUUAAGAGGAAAAGAACAGAACCAGAAUAUUGGAUUGUUCGAAAGAAACAGAAACUUGAUAACGAGGAAAACUGUAUCAAGAACAUCCAUUUAAGACCAGAAGUUACUCUGACGCUUAUUUCUAAAAAUAGUGGUUCAACUGCAAUCAAGGAAAUAUAUCAAGACAACAUCAACAUUCCCAAUUCCUUUGACGAAAGUUAUCAAGAGGCUUGUGAUGAAAGCUUUGAAAAACUCAAAGAUGAGAAAGUUGAAGAAACAUCCGUCAAUUUAACUAGAAAUAAUGAUUUCAGUUAUCUUGAAAAUUACAAAGAAAUUAAUUUGACGAGAAUUAAUCGAACUGGAAGUAUUAAAGUUCUAAACCAAGAUGAAUUGCAUAAUUUAUGUUUGCCUGAUGAAGUCCAUGCAAAAGAUUCCGAAGCAUGUUCACAGCUUGAUGAAUCAGAGGCUCAAAUAUCAACCAAGUUGGUUGCUGAUCUUCCAGAAGUUUCCAUUGAGCCUUGUACAAGUAAUGCUAAAGCCAAAAUUUCGGAAUCCAAACCAAAAAAGCGCAUAUCAUUUAAAAAAAUUCAAGCAAGUCUCGAAAGAGCUGCUGAAGUAUUGAAACAGCAAGAAGCUGAAAACGAAAUUGCUACUAGCUAUGAUUUAGUGUCCUACAACAAGGAUGGAAACUUGAUUUUAUCUACAAUUCCAGUCAAUGAUGAAAUCAUUUCUGACCAAACCACAUAUCCCGAGGUAUGUUCUUCAUUGUUUGAAGAACCGCAAACACCUAUUAGUACUUCUACAACUGCCACUACUGCCUGUGAUUAUGAUCCCUUCAGUUAUGUUGGGAUUCCCGUUGAAAUUUAUUGGUCUAAGGACAAACCCUACUAUGCUCAUGGAUUGCCAAACCCAGCAACAGAAAACAGAUGUUGGAUUAAUGCAACUUUACAAGUUUUGUUUCGACUACCUGUUUUCAACGAUCUUAGCUUGUUAGAUAUAUCUAAUUCUUCUAAAUUGAUAAGGUCACUUGAAAGUAUUCAAUACUACUGGAAAAGAGGAAUGACCAGAAACUACGCUUACAAUACAAGUUUUCAUCAUUUCAAAGAGGAGUUAUCAAUAUUAGACGAAGGCUAUUCAUCCAAAGCCCAACAAGACGUUUCUGAAUUUCUUAUGAAUCUAUUGAAUUUUAUUAAAACGGAAUUCGAAACAAAGUCCAAAGAAUCACAUAGUAAUGAAAUUGAAAAUAUACCUAAUAAUGAACAAGACACACCCAGAAAGUCACAAAGUACUUCACAUGAUUUGAAUAAAAGAUCACCAUUGGCUGAUAUUUCUGCAUCUACAGGUCAAUCUAGAAGCAGUCAUGUAACAAAUAAUGAACAACAAGAAAAGGGAAGUACUAAAACUCUUUCCUCACCAAAGUCUCAAAAUGAUAAAGCUGAAGCUAGGCCUAAUGUCAUUGAUGACAAUUUUUUACUAUACAUGGGGGAAAAUUAUUCUUGCCUUCAAUGCUCUAAGAAAAAACAAAAAAACAUAGAAAAUUUAAUGUUAUUGAUUGAUUUGCCGUCCAAAGAUUGUGAUGGUACUCGUGACUUAAUUGACAUGAUUAAUACAACCUACGAUACGGAACAAAGAGAACUGACGUGUGAAUCAUGCAAGCACGAUAGACAUACUAUGGAUACCAAGUUAAAGAAGAUUCCAAAAAUUUUGAUGGCUCAAGUAAAGCGGUAUGAAAUGACUAACGAAGGUAUUAUCAACAAAAAAUCAACUGAAAUUGAUAUUCCACGGUUAUUGCAACUUGACCGCCUUGUUAUACAAAACGAUUCAGAGUUGAGUCUUUCUCCAUCAUAUGAACCUGUUGGUAUAAUAUCACACAUUGGUGACAGCAUAGACUCGGGACAUUACAUUAGUUUUGUGAAACACAAAGAUGAAUGGUUUUGUUAUGAUGAUGCAAAUGUAAAAAUACUAAGUGAGGAUGAAGUUUUUAAAUUUGUACAAACGAAUGCUUAUGUAAUAUUCUUCCAAGAGACGGAGUCGUGCAAAAAUAGUAAUGUUACUGCGGAACAGAAAAAAGGUAAUAAUAUUUGUUAUUAACGAUAAUAGAAAAGAUUUUCUCUUUGGGCCUGUUGGAUGAAAGUAGUUAUUUACGUUCGGCUACGCGAAUCGAAAGUAGCACUUCUUUCCCGCAACAUCACGGAAAG